AUGGAAGUUACUUCACCUCGACGAAAAGUCAAAAAGAAAAAUUUUGGCAUUCGUUCAAGUGAAUUCAGCAAAAAAGUCAUUACGACAUUAAAAAGCGUUUCUACAAUUGACAGCAUCGUUUUGCAUCAAGAAAUGAGAGCAAACAAAAUUUCUGAUUGCGCGACAAGUUUUGCACUUUACCAAGCGAAUAAAUUCAUAAAUGCAACAUAUGACAACAAUAAAAUGCGGCAUUCAUUCAACAUAAAAGUGCAAUGGUUGAAGGGAAUGGCAAAUAAUAGGGUUAGCAAUAGAGAACAAUGGAAAAUUCCACAUUACAUUUUGUUGUUGUAUGAAUUAGUGUUUGUAAACAUGAGAAAUGCUAAACGGAGCAUAACCAGAAAAAAGUUUGGCAACGCUGAUUAA